AUGGCGGGUAUGUCGAGGAAUACCGCUUCAAAUGGGCCUAAGUCGGCCAAGGCGACCACGAAGGUCGUCAAAACACAAAGGAAGACAAAAUCGACGCCCUCAAGUCGACGACACCACUUCGAAGGUUUCGCCCAGAGGAUCUCAAAGAUGAAGAUCGAUCCCAUUCGACGCACUCGUCGCGGAGUAGGAGCUGAAGGUGCCCACGAGCUGGAAGGAGAGUCCUCGUACUUCCGUACUGCCUUGGACGAAUGGAAGGACCUCAACUUGUCCGAGAAUUUCUCUACUUUCGCCAAAAUCGUCUACAACAUCUCGGACAGUCUGCCCAUGGUCAUCUUUCACGAGGAGACUAUCAUGGACAACUUGAUCACCUAUAUCGAAAAGGGAGACGUCAUGUCGCUCGAGCCGCUUCUCGCCCUCAUGUCACACUUCGCACACGACCUCGACGUCCGAUUCGAGAAGCACUUCCAGAGAGCCGUCGCAACCGUCGCACGUGUCGCAGCCAGCAAUGCAGAGCCCGAGGUCGUCGAGUGGGCCUUCACCUGCCUCGCUUGGCUCUUCAAAUACCUCUCCCGUCUAUUAGUUCCCGAUCUCCGACCGCUGUACGACCUUCUAUCGCCAUAUUUGGGAAAGCAAAAGCAAAAGCCAUAUGUCAUUCGAUUCGCCGCAGAGGCAAUGAGUUUCUUGGUCAGAAAAGCCGGAACCACAUACCACAAGGCUAGAGAACCCUUGGACACAAUAGUCGAGCACAUGCUCAAUGACUUUGCCUCAAACGAGACUGCUUCGGACGAUCUGUACUCACAAGGUUUGAUGACCUUGUUCACAGAGUCUAUCAAGGGUGUGCAGGGAACCCUCCACUCGGGAGGAAAUACUGUCUUGCAAUGCUUGACAAGGUUCUGCUUCAAUGCUAACCACUCAGACUUCCUCAAGGGCAGGUCCCUCCAGAUCUUGAGAGGUUCGCUGAUCAGUGUCGUCCAUCACACUACUCCGGAAACUUUCGAGUCCGUCCAGGACGCAAUCUUCGAUUUCACAGACCCCAGUGACGAGGACGCAGUAGAGAAUCUGGAUGCGGCCAACACUCUUCUCUUCACCGCCGCAUCAGUUCGUAAGGGAAGCAGAAUCUCGGACUGGCCGACCUAUGUCAAACGUGUAACGACCAUGAUCAAGCAAGCCGACAAAGCAACCAAGCAGAUUGACUCCGACACAUUGACCGCACUUCUCAACACGCUGGCCGUGGUACUUAAUUAUGGACCUUUCGACGCAGUCCUCCAGGAACUCGCUAUUCUCGACACUAUCAGCCGUGACAAGUGGAUUGGUCACUUCCUGCCAUUCUGUAAUAUUUUCUCAGAGCUAAACCAGGAACGUUUCCAGAGCUUCGUUCUGCCGAUCUUCCAAAAAUUUAUUGUCAAUCACUGGAAGGAAAACGAAAUGGCCCUCUGUGCAAUGCUUCCGUCUAUGUCUCGCAAAAACACAUUUGCCAAGACGCCCUUGCAAUGUCCACUCGAAUGGCAAAAGGUCAUGCUACAACGCCUGAAGAAAGCUCAAGGAAAAUCGCUGCCGAAGGAUGACGAGACACUACAUAUGAGUAACGGCCAUUUAGCGGUACUGCGGAUUUCUCAGGGAGACUCAGAAACUCGCAAAGCUAUCGCAGCCAGUAUCCUUGACUUGCUCAAAUCUGCCGCAAAAUCAUCCUCUACGGAAAUUGGAGGCUGGGAUCUUUUCGCUCUGGGUCAAGGUUUCCAAUACAUCUCGGAUGAGUUCAGUGAAAGUCUGCAAGACAAGGAACUUGCAGAGGCUCUAUGUUCCGUCUCUACACGGUGCAAGAAGCUUGUGCCUUACUGGACUGCUCUUAACUCAGUUCUGCAGAAGGCUGAUAUUGCUCUUACUGGAGACCAGAUGGACUCUCUCGUUGCUAAUUCAGUUGAAUGUCUGAAAACCCCUAGCCACGAUCUAAGACUUUCUGGACUACGGAUAUUGCAAACGAUUUACGGGAAGAGACAGAACGAUGUUCCCGAGUUAUUGUUACACGCACUCUCGAUCGAGGAGACGCCCCCAAGUGUUCAGACAGCUCGUUUCAUCUCUGCGCAGAUUCGCCGGCUAGCUCUUGGAUACCCUGACGUUCUCUCUGAUCCCGUUUUGGCGAAAGCAAUCCCAACCUACUGUUUCGGUCUUCUUCAUAUUCAUCUUGCUCAGGCUUGGGAGGAUUCCAUUGGAGCACUCAAGGAGAUGACCCAGCAUGGAAACGCCGAAGAGAUUAUCACGACUACCAUCACCCAGUGGCUUCAGGGUCAUGCCGAUGCGGAAGGAAGUGCAUUGCAGCCAGAGACAACACAAGACAGAAGCAUCAGUCACGUCAGCUCCGAUUUUGAGUGUUCCAACAUGAAUCAGAUCGAGAAGGACAUUGAAAUCUCGGAAUCUCUGUUCGCGGAUCUCAACCAAGGAAUUGAGAACCAGUUCAAGAGAGAUCACGUCCAGACGUUCGCAGCUUCCCUUUCUGAACGAUCGCAGGCACUUCGCGCGCUGAACUCGAUGCCGCAGUUGGCAGAGAAGCGAUCGCGACUUCUGGUUCCCGUAUUGCUCGAAUGGGCUGGUGAUGAAACUGAAGCGCGGGAAGAAGAGGAGACCGGAAAUACUCGUCACUGGGGCCGCAAAGAUCAGAAGGCUAUGCUUGGAGUCUUUGCUCAGUUCCAGAAUCCUAGAGUGUUGUUCAAGGCGACUGAGGUUUACCAAGCCCUGCUCAACCUCCUCACGAACGGUGACAACGAGAUCCAGAAGUCAACGCUUAAAGCCAUCCUGGCUUGGAAGACUCCCAGUGUGAUCAAAUAUCAGGAGCAUCUGAUGAACUUCCUCGACGAUGCAAGAUUUAGAGAAGAAGUUUCCGUGUUCCUUCGUCUUGAGGAGGAGGGUGACGCCAUCCGAAGCGCUGACUGCCCUGAGCUUAUGCCGGUCUUGCUUCGCAUACUGUAUGGUAAAGCGGUCACCAGAGCUGGUUCAGCAAGUGGUAAGCGUGGGCAGCAGACUCGUCGCAAGGCUAUCUUUGUUGCUCUUGCUCGCUUCCCUGCAGAGAUUGUUGGACAGUUCCUCAGUAUUGCUCUAGGCUCGUUGGCCACGACGGAGCCUAUCAAGGAUGGCGAGUUGGAUCAGUCAGCCGUAGACAAUUUUGCUGUCGCUCCAAGAAAGCAGGUUGGUCUAUUGAACAUGCUGGACGAUAUGGUACACACUCUCGGUAACAGACUGGACCGCUACGCAACGAAGAUUGCCGAUGCCGUUCUUCUAUGUCUGCUCAAAGCUUCCAAGUCUCAUACUGAGUCCAUCGACACUGACGAAGAGGUCCCAGUCGAAGAUGAGUCUCAGACUUCUCUCGAUCGUGCCAUCCGUCAAGCUGGUUUCCACUGUCUGAUCCAGGUCUUCUCUUCGUGUACCGAAGUCUCUUGGUACAGCUACGCCAAGGUCGUCAUGAGCGAAUUGGUGGGCCCUCGUCUAGAGAAACUUCCUAUCGAGACCGCGCAGUCUGUGUCUGCCUUCUUGCGUCUCUUCUCAACCUGGGCUAGCUCUCUGGCUACCUGCCACUACUUGACAGAGUUCUUCCCUGAGACUCUCAAUGCUGUCGCAGACUGCCUUGUGGUUCCUAGCGCUAAGAAUGAAGUCAAGUCGUUCAUUAUUGAGCACAUUAUCGGACGUCUCUUGGAUACUAUCCAGCCGCGCCGAUCGAAGGAUGCCAAGAUGAACAUUGAUACCACUGAAGCUCAAGACCAAGCACGCGUAUCUAUUUUGGGACCACGUGCAAGUCUGUUCGUUGUUAGACUUGGUACUGUUCUGAGGCAGAGUCCUCCCAAGGAUAUUCUGGACUCAAGCGUGUUGUGUGUUUCUCGUCUCGCACCGCUUGUCACUGGUGUUGAGAACAUCCGUGAUGUCGUUGAUGUUUCGAUAUUCUUGCUUGGUCAGCCCUCGAAGACUGUUCAUUUUACCACCAAGCGUGAUCUGCUGCAAACUUUGUUCCAUCUCAUUCCUGGUGCCGAACUCAACAGGGAUGAGGUUCGCUUCAACCAGGUCUAUGCGACACUCUGCCCGUUAUUCGGCUACUUCAAGGACCGCGAAAGCAGAGAGCUUCUUGCCGCUGUUGUUAAGCAAUUGGCCGAUGAAAGGAAGGAGCUUUCUUACGUCGCUUCUCUGUGCGAAGAUCUGAACUCAUUCUCGACGUCGAGACUUGAUGAGCCUGACUUCGAGCGCCGUGCCAUUGCUUUCAGCACUAUAAACGAGGAAAAGUACUCAACAUUCACCGCGAUGCAAUGGCAGCCUCUAGUCUACAGCAUGCUGUACUUCGUCAGAGACAACGACGAACUAGCCAUCAGAACCAACGCCUCUUUCAGUCUGAGAAGAUUUAUCGAGGUAGCCAGUGUUGACGGCGACUUCAGAGACGAGGAGUUCAAGACAUUGACCAUCUCUGGCCUGUAUGGUGGUCUGCAAGGUGGUAUGCGUGAUCCUUCCGAACUGGUCAGAUCCGAGUAUCUGCAGGUCUUGGCACACAUGAUCAAGCACUUCUCGAAAUGGGAUGCUGUCAACGAUAUGGCUACUUUGCUUGUUGAGGGUGACGAGGAAGCUUCGUUCUUCAACAACAUUCUGCACAUUCAGCAGCACCGCAGACUCCGUGCUUUGAGGAGAUUGUCAGAAGAGGCUCAUGCUGGUGUCAUCUCGAGCAACAACGUCAGCUUGUUCUUCAUUCCCCUUCUGGAACAUUUCAUCUUCGAUCCUGCUGGUGACGAUGGUGCUCACAACUUGUCCGCCGAGACCAUCAACACCGUCGGAGCUCUUUCUGGAUGCUUGGAUUGGCAACUUUACAGAUCGACUCUGCGCAGAUUCGUCAGCUACAUUCAAAGUAAGCAGGAGCUGCAAAAGAUUGUACUCAGAAUUGUCAGCCGCGUGAUUGAUGCUUUGGACCGUGCUUCCGAGUCUAUUCGCAACAAGAACACUGUUAUGGAAGUCGACGGCGAGACUGAAGCGACAACUAACGGUACUUCGGCAUUGAGCCCACUUGCUGCUACUUUGCCUUCAGAGGAGAAGUUGUCCAACGAGAUCAACAAGCAGCUUUUACCACCACUCACUUCGUUCUUGCACCUCAAGGACGAGUCCACUGUCAGUCUGCGUGUUCCUGUGGGUGUCGCUGUGGUCAAGCUCAUCCGUGUUCUUCCUGUUGCCGAACAUGCCUUGAAACUUCCCACGGUACUGAUGGACCUCUGUCACGUUCUUCGUAGUAAAGCAGCAGAGGCCAGAGACAUGACCAGAAAGACAUUGUCCGAGAUUACUGGUAUCCUUGGCCCAUCCUACUUCCAGUUUGUCAUCAAGGAGUUGCGUAGUGCUUUACAGCGUGGUUACCAGCUUCACGUCAUGUCUUUCACCAUGCACUCAAUUCUGGUCGACAACAUUGCCUCUUUGGAAUCUGGAGACCUUGAUCACUGUAUCAACGACAUUAUCGCUGUUGUCAUGGACGAUAUCUUUGGUGUCGCAGGUCAAGAGAAGGAUGCUGAGGAGUAUAUCAGCAAGAUGAAGGAAGUCAAGAGCAGCAAGAGUUACGAUUCUGCUGAGCUUAUCGCCAAGAUCACAACAACUUCUCAUCUUGGUGAGCUCAUCAGACCUAUCCAGUCUUUGUUGCUGGAGAAGCUGGAUCUCAAGACCGUCAAGAAGAUUGAUGAACUUUUGCGUCGUAUCGGCCUGGGCACAAGUCAGAACCUGUCCGUCAAUGACAGAGACAUCCUUGUCUUUGGCUACGAGAUCAUUCAGAAGGUAUACACUGCUACCGCCGCGGCCAAGACUCGCCCUGUCAUGGAGGACUACAAGAUUAGAAAGUACCUCAUUCAGAUGCAAAGCGCUAACAAGUCCGGCAAGAAGGGCGCUACAAGCUCGUACAUUUUCAAGCUUACUAGAUUCGCUCUGGACCUUGUUCGCGCUGUCUUGCAGAAGCAUGACGAGCUCAAGACCCCGGCGAACCUUGCUGGCUUCCUGCCAAUCCUUGGUGAUGCUCUGAUUGGCGGUCAAGAGGAAGUUCAGAUGGCAUCUGUUCGUCUACUCACUUCCAUCAUCAGAGUGCCGGCGCCACAGAUCGUCGCCAACGGACCGGUCUACGCAGCAGAGGCAGUCAAGAUCCUCAGAGCUGCACCCUCCAUGAUCACUGAGCUCGCCCAGUCUUCACUGAAAUUGAUUUCGGCCAUCCUCCGCGACAGACCCGACAUCAAGAUCAAGGAGAACGACAUGGCCUUUGUACUUAAAAGGAUCAAGCCCGACCUCGAAGAACCCGAUCGCCAAGGCGUAAUCUUCAACUUCCUCAAGGCUGUUGUGGCUCGCAAGAUCAUCAUUACCGAAGUGUAUGAAGUCAUGGAUUCUGUGGCUGCCAUCAUGGUCACCAAUCAGACUCGAAGCGCUAGGGAUCUUUCGCGUGGUGUGUACUUUGCCUUCAUGAUGGAGUAUCCUCAAGCGGGCAGUCGCUUGAACAAGCAGAUUGCCUUCUUGGUACAAAAUCUCGAGUACAAGUAUGUCGAGGGCAGACAAUCCGUGCUUGAAUUGCUGCAUCUGCUGUUGGCCAAAACCCAAGGAGAUCUGGUCCAAGAGCUGUCGAGUAUGCUGUUUGUACCAUUGGUCAUGAUGAUGGUCAACGACGACUCGCCCGAAUGCCGCGAAAUGUCCGGUGCUCUGAUCAGCAAGAUCCUCGAACGCGCCGAUGAAGAGCGCACCAAGAAUUUCGUUGCGUUGAUGAGAAAUUGGUUGGAGCAGGAUGAGCAAAUACUGCUUCGUCGUAUUGCUCUACAGUGCUGGACAAUCUACAUCGGUCAUGGCAAGGCCACUGCCAAGGAAACUUCCUUCCUCUUCAAGCAAGUGUCUAAGCUUUUGAACCCUGAGGAAGUGGAGACUGAAGAUUGGGAGCUUCUGUACUAUGCACUGCAGGCCUUUGCCAAAAUGGCUGAGAUGGCUCCUGCCACUUCUCUGGCACCUGCCGCCAAAGCGUCUUGGACAAACAUUUUCAAAUGUCUUGUGUUCCCGCACGCGUGGGUGAAGUUGUCCUCUGCUCGACUGAUCGGUUUGCUGUUUGCAGAUAUGGGCAACUGCGCUUCCAAGACUGAAGAAGGUCUUGCUGCAUUGCCAUUGUUCACGAACAGCAAGAUGGAAGUUACGGCAAAGGAGUUGCAUGAAUUGUGUGCUGCUGGCCUUCGAACCUUGCGUUUCAGCAAUGUCAGCGAGCAGUUGGUGGGACAGACUGUUCGGAACUUGAUCUUCUUGGGUCGUUGUUACAGUGCUUCAAACGUGGAGUGGGAACAUCCUACUCCCUACAUCAGAAAUGGCGUCGCUGCCACUUCUGCACAAGAUGAGGAAGAGGAAGAGGAAGAUGAAGAAACAGCAGAUGCAGAAGAUGACGAGGAGGACACCACUGCUACUACACCAACAACAGCACUUCACCAUCUACUAUCCCGCAUGUCUGCCCUUGUCCGUCGCGACGACGGCGCACCCACUGCCUCCGUGCUUUCCGCAAAGACCGGCGCCUUACAAGCCAUCGCCUCCCUCUGCAACAUCCUCCCCUCCGCUGCCAUCACCCCCUCGCUCCCCACCAUCCUCACACCCAUCUACCUCCUCACCGACGCCAGCAUCGCCGCCCCCCGCCUCGCCACCGAGCCCCUCCAAAAAUCCUACCAAGACUUGAAGGCUCUAGCCGUCGAAGUAUCCUCGCUACUCCAAAAGAAGCUAGGAAGCACCGAAUACGUGGUUGCCAUGAGAGGAGUGCAAGAGAGAGUCAGAGGAAAGAGAGAAGAGAGAAGAAGAAAGAGAAAGAUCGAGGCUGUGAGUCAGCCCAUGAAGUAUGCGGCUGAUAAGAGGAGGAAGCAUGAUAUUACCAAGGCCAAGAGGAAGGAGAAGAGUGCUGAGGCUAGGGGUAAGAGGAGAGGGUGGUAG